UGUUGUCGGUGUUGAGGUAGUGAGUGCGGAAGUCGAGUGUACCUCCAGCCUGUGCCUUUGCGGUUUUACGUGUCACCCUUGCCCCGGCCUCCGUGCGUCUGAGGUGCUGCGAGCCCUAGGGCUCCAGGCCCCUGGGCUUGGAGCCGAGCGGUAGCCACGGCCUCGCGGUGCUGCCCUCACUGAGGUUCUCUGGACUCCUUCUGAAGUUCUGUCUGGAAUUUUGUGUUGAUUGAACGAACUUUCUAUAAGAAGAAUUUUGUCACCACUGUCCUAUCAAGAUGAUUUUAACACCAUUGAAACAUUCAGGAAUUCAUUUGUCUUCUGGGACAUUGCAAAGAAGAAAUAUACCUCUAGAUGCAGUCUUUAUUGACAGCAUCCCUUCAGGCACACUUACUCCUGUGAAAGACUUGGUGAAAUAUCAGAAGUCCUCUCUAAAAUUGAAGGUCCAUCAAAAUAAUCAGUUAUUAGAAACAACAACUUCUAACAAUAAAAAUAUAUUUCAAUCCACCAUGCUAUCAGGGACUACCCCUUUAAACAGCUCUCUUGAUGUCAGUGUUAUAAACCCCAACAUGGAUAGAUUAAAAAAUGAAACGAUUUAUGAAUCACCACAAAAAAUCUUUCAAAGAAUGAAAGAAAAAGUACAGCGUGACAAAGAAGAAUUGUCAAGGAUCAGUUCCAUGUUGGGAUCACCAAAAUGUGAACAUAAAGUCUUUCCUCUUAACAGAGACAAGGAAACUCGGUUGCAACAUACCUAUAUCUGUGAGGAAAAAGAAAAAUCAUUCCAAUCCAAUAACCCUUCAUUGGAAGAUCCUCCAGUUCUGAACCAAGAACAGAAAUAUGUUUUAGCUUCAUGCAUUUCAAGGAAGGCAUUAACUAGAGCCCAGUUUGGCAGACAAGUUCUUCAUUCAAAAGAGAGUCCUGUUAAAACCAUUGUGUCCAAAAAGAACACAUUUGUUUUGGAAGGCAUUGAUUCUACUUAUGAUAAGUUUGAAAGUACUGAUGUCAGCACCAUUAGUACUAUUUGUGUUCCUAUUAAGAAUCAUAGCCAGUUGACUACUUCUAAUAAUGAUAUGACAACAGAAAAUACAGCAAAAGAAGAUAUUACAGAACAAAAUGAAAAAACGACAUCUAGAAGGACUGUUCUUCAAGAUCCCAUAAGGAAUACAUCUGAAAUUAUAUGUGCAAAUGCAAGACUCAGUUCAACAAUAUCUGGCCAGCCUCAAAGAAAGCUUACAAAGCUUGAAACUAUUGUAGGUGAAGUAAAAAAAUAUCAGGUAGUCAAGCUACAGGAAUGGAUGAUUAAAGUCAUCAAUAAUAAUACUGCUAUAUGUGUAGAAGGAAAGUUGGUAGAUAUGACUGAUGUUUAUUGGCAUAGUAAUGUAAUCAUAGAGCGGAUUAAAUACAAUGAACUUAGGACAUUAUCAGGCAACACAUAUAUAUUAAAAGGAAUGCUAGACCAGGCUUCCAUGAAAGAAGCAGGAUAUCCCUGUUAUCUCAUAAGAAAAUUUAUGUUUGGAUUCCCGAAAAAGUGGAAGGAAUACAUUGAUGAUUUUCUAGAACAAUUAAGGGCCGAAGAAAAGAACAAGAAUAAGACCAGACAGAAAACUGCAAGAUUCCAAGAGAAACAAAAAUCAAUAAAAAAUGAUGCAGAAGAUAAACAAACAGAUAUCCUCCGAAAGGCCAGCGUCACUUAUGACCUUAAUGAUGAUAGCUUAGAAAUGAAGAAAAAUGAGAACAGUGGGUUGCCAGGAGCUGCAGAAAUAAACAUCAGUUAUAACAGUUGUCAAAAUAAGCGUGAGUUAAGGCUCCUACAUAACCAAAAAUUAACUGGAAAGAAAAGUUGCAGAAAUUUUCCUUCAGAAACCUUUGAAAAUUGCGAAGAGAUCAAUGAAAAGAAAAUUCAAAGUGAGAAGCAAGAGAGAACUGAAGUUUUAAAUGUACCCAUUGAUCCAUUGAAGUCACUGGAACAGCCUACCUCCAACAAAGAAAGACACCCGCCUCUUGGUCAGAAGGAAGCUUAUGUUUUAAUGACACCACUUAGAACCACAAAGUUGAUAGAGCAAAGAUGUAUGGAACACAGUCUCUCUAUUGAAGGAGUAAGGGGUUUUCUCAAAGCAAACCAUCAAGAAGAAAGUGAGUCAGACGUACAUGGAAUGUCUACCAGCAGGUCCUCAGAGACCUUUGAACACAGUGUGGAUUAUAAAGGCAAUUCCAAAGAGGACUGCAGCAAAUGUGACAUAAUCACUGUCAAACAUAGCAUUCCAAUACCUUGUCCCAAAAGUAAACAAAUGUUCACCAAUGACUUUAAGAAAAAGAACAAGUUGCCCUCGAAACUGCAGAAAACUGAAAAUCAAAUAGAUGUAUCACUGUAUAGUCAGUCCUCAUCACAUUUGUCAAGUAAAGAGAAUGAAAUAGAAGUUAAAGGUAAAACCAGAGCAAGAAAUAAAAAACAAAGGCUGGAUCAGCAGAGAAAAAACACAAACUACAUCACAAAAGACAUCCUGAUUUCAGAAUCUUCAGGUGAGAGUGGUUCUUAUAUCACACCAAAGAAACGUAGAUCUUCUGCUAAAGAAUCACAUUACAAAUCUGAUAUUACCAAGGACUUCCUAAUUGAAGUUAAGGCAUCUGAUACAACUAACGGGCAACUGUUAGACCAUCAGCCUGGUUCAACUGAUGAUGGAGAAUGGAAUGAACAAGAGUUACAGAAACUUCAUCGUGCUUUUGCAUCCCUUCCAAAGCACAAACCUGGCUUUUGGUCAGAUGUGGCUAUGGCAGUAGGUUCUCGAACUGCUGAUGAAUGCCAGAAGAAAUACACAGAAGAACCCCAAGGCAGAGGAUCUCGAAAAUAUGUCUCUAAGAAAAAGCAAGCCAACUUCAAGGUCCAAAAUGGUGAGGAAGAUGAUGCUGAUGACAAGAAAACUGUUAAGAUAACUGCCAGAGUGGGGACUCUUAAAAGGAAACGCCAAAUGAGGGAUUAUCUGGAACAGUUGCCGAAAGACAACCAUGAUGACUUUUUCACUGCAACACCCUUGCAGAAACAAAGAAUCCAGUUGCCAAGUUUUCAAUACAGUCAAGAUGAUGAUUUCCUGCUAGCUAUGGACAGGAAUCCAGUAUCUCCAGCAUCCAUUACUUCGACAUUGACAAGCACUACUCCGAAAUGUCAGCAUGUCAGUCCUAGUAUGCUAGCUUCUAUAAACAGGAAUGAUUGUGACAAAUAUAUUUACCACAUGCAAAAAAAUGCUAAAAAAUAUGGCAAGAGUAAUGGUAACCUUGUCUGGGGCAACAUUAGGAAAAAAACAGUAAGUGUGUUUAUUAUUUAUCCUACACUAUACGUAGAACAGCCAUUUCAUCCACACAGAGAGAUACCGAGCAAAAAGUAUUUCAUUGAUGAUAGAGAAUCAGAUGAAGAAGAGAAAGAUUAUUACUUUUCCAGUUCUGACUGAUAGUAAAAACGAUUUGCAGGAAUUUUCCCAUCAAGCAGAAUAUACUUAUACUUUCAUUUGAUGACUCACUAUUCUCUUUGUAGUAAGGGAAUGCAGAUUUGUCUCCCAAAGAUGUCCUAUGUUUGUAUGCAAGGUAAACGCCCUAAGCGCAUUCCUCAGAAUGCUUACAGCUAAUGAAUACGAUUAUUUUGCCUGUGUAUGCAUUUGUAAAUUGUAUGUUUGUAAUGUUAAUGUAUAUAAAGCUCAAUCUCUUGAACAUCCAAGACUGUUUAUUUUAGUAAUCAUGUCUCAAAUACAUUUUUAAAUAAAAAUUUAAAAGCCCUUAAAUGAAGUGAGGUAAGGGUCUGGAUUUAAGAGUGUGGACUGGCAGAUACUAGAAUGGAAACUUUUAGCAUCAUGCACAAGCCCGAGUUCCUUCUCUGUCUAAGUUAUGUAAUUCAAACUGUUUUACAUGUUUUUAUGUUUUACAUGCUUUUUCUUCUGAUAGUUUCUCUUAAAUUUACUAUACAUUGGUCUGUUUGUGUCUCUAUCUCUAAUUCAUUGUUCUUUAUUAUUUUAUAAAUUAAAGGAACCAGAGGACAGGUUCUGUUAUAUUCUGUAGCCCUGUUAUAUAUAGUUGAUAGAUCCACCAUUAUAAGGAAUUAUAAUGCCAGAAUAAACAGGUUUUCCCUUUUUGACAGCUUUAAAAGGUAACUUUCAUUCUGCCAUUGUUUUAAAGUUUGGCCUGUUAUUUGUCCUCUGGCUAUAGUAUGUAUUCAUCUUCACUUUGCAUCCAGUUAGACUGCUCAAAUAAAAAUGUAAACUUGUGAA